GUCGUGGAUCGCAGUCUCCAAGAUACCGCCGCUGCGAGAGGUUGCGCACGCCACCGCAGAGAAAACAAGCACAUGUGAGCGCGUCUUUGUUCCAUCCACAGCUGUGUCGCACACAGGCCAAGCAGUGCACUAUGUGGACGCUGGAAUUUUUGGCCGGUACCAUUCUGGCGGCGUACCUCACAGCUGCCGUCGAGUUACCGAAAGAGUGUGGUAUUUCUUCAGCGAAGGGGAGUGCUUUCGUUAUCAAUGGCAAAAACGCAACUGUCAGCGAAUUUCCGUGGCAUGUCGGCCUUUACCUUGAGUCGCAAAAUAUGGCACAAUUUUGUGGAGGUUCACUGAUUCAUCCACGCUUAGUCAUGACAGCCGCACAUUGCGUGUUUGUGGACAAUAAGCUGGUCGACGCAAAGGACAUGAAAGUUUCCGUGGGGAGCGCCCUGCGGGAUUGGGAGGCUAAAGUUGAAGAGUCUCAGAAGCGCUCGGUUUCGAAGAUCUAUCCUCACCCGCACUUUCGUGGCCGAAGACGCAACUAUGCAGAUGACAUCGCCCUGCUGGAGCUUGCGUCGCCAGUUACCGUCAACGCUUAUAUUCUGCCCAUUUGUCUUGAUUGGCAGGGAAAUAAACUUGCCAGCCUAAAGAAGGGUGACGUUGGCAAGGUAGUUGGAUGGGGCCAAACUGCGGAAAAAAAGCCGAGUCCAUUCCUGCAGUCUGCCGAGCUGCCAUACAUCCCAUUCAACGAGUGUGUGGAUGCUGUUCCAGCAGACUUCCUUCCGUUUUUAAAUUACGACAAGUUUUGUGCGGGACACAUAGAUGGAGCCUCCGUAGCCCCCGGUGACAGUGGUGGAGGACUGGCUUUCGAACACAAUGGUUUAUGGUACUUACAAGGUAUUGUCUCCGUUGGCGUCACUCAGAAGCUUUCCUACUCUGCAUUUACCAGAGUCGACGCGUAUACGGAAUGGAUUAAUCAAAUUCUAGAAGCCAUAUCGUCAGCCGGUAUACGGUGGGAGCUAAUGUCACGCAGUCCGAAUUUGCCACGAGAUGCCUUGAAAGGCGGAUUUCAGAGAAUAAACAACAAUGACUACCCACACUACGUGGGACGCAUCUUCCAUAAGAACGCAAUCAUCCCUGCAACCGUCACGAGGUACGGUGGAAACUGGAUAGCUUACGCGGUUGUUGACGGAAAAUCAAUGAACGACGAGACUUUUGAGAUUGCCAUUGCAGAAGAGAAGAACGUGCGAUGGCUUCCUGGAGCCAAGGGAAAGGUUCCCGUAGGUGCAGCAGCAGCUGGAGUAUCUGCUAAUGGUGAGACGGUGUACGCGUGCCGGGCAUUUGACCAGGAGCGCAAGAAGGGAAACCAUAUCCUUAUGAUGACUCCAGGAGCGAUGCAGCCUAGUACCGGUGUCUGCAGCAUCGAAUUUCACGGAGUCAACAACUACACUACAUACCAAAUACUUGCGUCUGUUACUUAAAUGGGGCAAUUUUUAGAGCUAUUAAUUGGAAAACCGCUGUUUUUUCUGCACUUUGAGACUGAAAUGUUUGUCUACUUUAAUGUUGAAUAAGUUGUGAAUAAAUUCUCCACUAAACGCUCACUGACAA